UUCGGAUCAGCAGUGCUGAGGCGGACAGCGAGUGGAAAGCAGGCUGAGAGAUAGAAAGUCUGAUCUGCGGUUUAACAGUGGCUCGCACCGCACCGUCCUGCCCCGCGCUGUCCUCUUCAGCCAUGUGGCUCCUGGACUGGAUCGUUUCGCUUAAUACGGCUGUGGUGAAGCUCGCCAGCGGUCUGAGGUGCAAGCCUGAUCCUCACCCGAGGGGCGCCGCGCAGCAGCCUGACGCUCUGCAGGAGCAAGAUGAGGAGAUUCUGGGCUCAGAUGAUGAAGAACAGGAGGAUCCCAAUGAUUACUGCAAGGGUGGUUACCACCAUGUGAAAAUAGGCGACCUGUUCAACGGACGGUAUCAUGUAAUCCGCAAGCUGGGAUGGGGCCACUUUUCCACCGUUUGGCUUGCCUGGGACACGCAAGGGAAGCGUUUCGUGGCCAUGAAAGUGGUGAAGAGCGCCGAGCACUACACGGAAACAGCCCUGGAUGAGAUCAAGCUCCUGAAAGCCGUCAGGAACACAGACCAGAAUGAUCCCAGCAGAGAGAAAGUGGUGCAGCUAUUGGACGACUUCAAGAUCUCCGGCGUCAAUGGAACCCAUGUUUGUAUGGUGUUUGAAGUUCUCGGCCACCAUCUGCUCAAGUGGAUUAUUAAGUCUAAUUACCAGGGCCUGCCGCUGCCGUGUGUAAAAAGCAUCAUUCGACAGGUCCUGCAAGGCCUGGAUUACCUGCACACCAAGUGUAAGAUCAUUCACACUGACAUAAAGCCAGAGAACAUCCUCAUGGACGUCAAUGAGGCGUAUGUAAAGAGACUGGCAGCAGAGGCCACAGAAUGGCAGAAAUCUGGAGCUCCACCGCCUUCGGGAUCCGCAGUGAGUACAGCUCCAGCCCCAAAACAAGCGACUAAAAUGUCCAAGAACAAGAAGAAAAAGAUGAAGAAGAAGCAGAAGCGCCAGGCGGAGCUCUUGGAGAAGAGGAUUCUGGAGAUCGAGGGACUGGAGAAAGGGCCCGAUGGAGGAGAAGAGGAGGAGGAGGAUGAAACAGAGACGCCCGACAGCACCCCAUCAGUGCCCAGCAGUCACACCCUGCAGGACAUCAGCACCGAGACCACACUGGACGGCACCUCAGAGGCUUGGUCUCAGCUCAGAGGAUCUGUCAACGGUCACAUCCCGAGCCUAGAAGAAGAGCAGAGCCUCGACGUCCAGCAGCAGAUGAAGGACGAGACCCCCGUCAACCCUUACGACAGUGGCACUGAGGCCUCCGAGCCCACCAACCCUUACCCCGCAUGCAACGGCACAGAAGAGACAGAGCUCAGCCCCGCCUGUCUGCCUGCCACUGACGGUAAUGGAGCUUUGAUUAGUGGCAUGGUUGAGUCUCAGGACUGUAGGGUGCAGGAUGGAGAGAGCCUGACUGCAGAGCUGAAGGGCCCCAGAGUGGAGAUGGAGGCGGAACCCGGCACGCAGGCGGCCCCGGAGGAGGAGGAGGAGAGCCUGAAGGACGCUAAAACCGCAGCGGGAAACCUGCUUGUCAACCCUCUGGAGCCGCUAAAUGCUGAGAAGAUCCAGGUGAAAAUCGCUGACCUGGGCAAUGCCUGCUGGGUGCACAAGCACUUCACAGACGACAUUCAGACGCGGCAGUAUCGCUCUCUGGAGGUGCUGAUUGGAACGGGAUAUGGGACUCCAGCAGACAUCUGGAGCACAGCCUGCAUGGCGUUUGAGCUGGCGACUGGAGAUUACCUGUUUGAGCCUCAUUCAGGAGAGGAUUAUUCCAGAGACGAAGAUCACAUUGCAUUGAUUAUUGAGCUGCUGGGGAAGAUUCCUCGUAAACUCGUCAUGAAUGGCAAAUAUUCCAAGGAAUUCUUCACCAAGAAAGGUGACCUGAGGCACAUCACCAAACUGAAACCGUGGGGUUUACAGGACGUCCUGGUGGAAAAGUACGAGUGGCACCGAGAGGAAGCACAGAAUUUCUCCGAUUUCCUCCUGCCGAUGUUGGAUCUCAUCCCAGAGAAAAGAGCCACGGCUGCCGAGUGCCUCCGUCAUUCCUGGAUCAACUCCUAGUAGUCAAAAUCACACACACACACACUCUCAUGCACUUCUCUGAACUCAUGAACAAUCACACUGACAGACGCUGCUGUCUGAAGAGCCGAUAAUAGCAGAUCUGAUCUCAAUCCUCUUCUUUUUUUACUAUAAUUUAAGUGUACCGUCAUCUCCGUGGCUCGUGCUCUUGCAGAUUUAUCUAACAAUCACUUUUCUAUCAAUAUUCCAUCAUAUCACAGGGAUGGUUCGAGACACUUCCGGAUUGAUUUCUCUUUUAGGAGGCUGGAUUUGCUCCAGUUUCACUGACCGUGACCGUUUUUUUAGUCAGUGUCCGCCAGUAAAUCGGACUCGGUAGCUGAUUGUAGUGUUUCUUCACUGUGUUAAUAAACGAUUGUUAAUCGCAGCUUGCUUUUUCAUAUCUCUGCAAAAGGGUUUUACAUCAACGGAGGGAACGUGAAAUGGACAUUCUUGAAGCUGUCUUCAUUUUGAAUGUGAGCCGCUUUGCAGUGCAAGAGAAGCUCAUCAUUUCAGCACAACGGGGAACGAGUUGAAAAUAGGCUCAUUUUAUAACUCUCGCGGAGUUAAAUAGGUGAGUUUUAGCAUUUUGGAAUCCAUUCAGCCGAUCUCCGGGCCUGGUGGGAGCACUUUUAGCUUAGCUUAGCAUACAUCAUUGAAUCGGAUUAGACCAUUAGCAUCUCACUCAAAAAUUAAAAAAUGUGUUUCAAUAGUUUUCCUGUUUAAAGCUUGACUGUUCUUUAGUUACAUCGCGUACUAAGACAGACGCAAAUUGAAAGGUUGCUAUGGCCAGGAACUAUACUCUUGUUCUGGCGAAAUAAUCAAGAAACUUUGCUGCCGUAUCAUGGCUGCAGCAGGGACAAUGAUAUUACUCUGCGCCUAAAUAUAUAUGUAUAUUUUUCUAUUUUUUUCACUAUCGUACAGCAGAAAGUUCUUUUUUUAAAUGAGUGAGUGGGAUGCUAAUGGUCUAAUCUAAUUCAAUGACCUAUGCUAAGCUAAGCUAAGCUAAAAGUGUUUUUUUGUUUUUUGAGUGAGAUGCUAAUGGUCUAAUCUAAUUCAAUGACCUAUGCUAAGCUAAGCUAAAAGUGCUUUUUUGGUUUUUGAGUGAGAUGCUAAUGGUCUAAUCUGAUUCAAUGAUCUAUGCUAAGCUAAGCUAAAAGUGCUUCUUUUUGAGCGCGAUGCUAAUUGUUUAAACUGGUUCAAUGAUCUAAGCUAAAAGUGUUUUUUUUAGUGAGAUACAAAUGGUCUAAUCCAAUUCAAUGUUCUAUGCUAAGCUUAGCUAAAAGUGCUUUUUUUGUGAGGUGCUAAUGGUCAAAUCCAAUUCAAUGAUCUAUGCUAAGCCAAGCUAAAAAAAUUUUUUUUUUUUUUUGAGUGAGAUGCUAAUGGCCUAAUCUGAUUCAAUGGUCUAUGCUAAGAUAAUCUAAAAUUGCUUUUUUUGAGUGAGAUGCUAAUGGUAUAAUCCAAUUCAAUCUAUGCUAAGCUUAAAAAGUGCUUUUUUUGUGACAUGCUAAUGGCCUAAUCUGAAUCAAUGAUCUAUGCUAAGCUAAGCUAAACAGGCUUUUUUUGCGAGAUGCUAAUGGUCUAAUCCGAUACACUGAUUUAUGCUAAGCUAAACUAAAUGUGCUUUUAUUUAUUUUUUGUUUUUUGACUGGAAUGCUAAUGGUCUAAUCCAAUUCAAUGAUCUAUGCUAAGAUAAGCUAAGAGUGCUCCCGCCAGACCCGGAAAACGAUUGAAUAGAUUAAAAAAUGCUAAAACUCAACAGUUUAACUGUAGGGGAGCUCUAAAAUGAACCUAUUUUGAAACAAAAGUGGAGUGUUUCUUUAAUGCUUCUUGAAAAUCUGUAAAGAACUAUCAUAGUUAGCAUAACUCGUAUAAGUAAUUCUGAUGUUUAUUAUGCGAAUGCCAGAGAAGAGUUUUGAUCUCGAGGUUAUUUUCAUUACAAAGUCUUAAAAUCAAAAUGUCAAAUGUUGUACAUACUCAUACCAAAGAGUUGGUUCCUCACGCGAUCAGUGUUGUACAGUCUCCAGUCCCAUUCUUUGUGUACAGUUUUGCUAUGAAUGACUGGCUUAAGGUAAACCUUUGAGAAUCACUGAUUCGGAGAUGCCUUGAAAUGAAUCCGCGAUGAUCUGUGCAACUUUUGGAGCUUUUCCGUUUCCACCACAGCUUUCCUUUAAGCAAUAUGAGUUUGUCUGUGGAUGAAGUGCUCUGUUGCAGUUUAACUGAUGGAGAACUUUGCUUUCUCUUUUUGAUGCGGCGGCUGCAUUUCAGCUUCUACAGAAACGUCAUCUGCUCUCGGUUUUUUUCAUGAAUGUCUCUCCGCUUUUGAUUGUUCAGCACUGAACUAAAAUUGUUUCUGUAGUAACUUCAGAAUAAAGUUUUUGAAAUCACAAA